UAGUUUAUAAAUCAAAGUUCAAACGUCAAAAAAUUCUCAAGGAAAUGUUAUCGCCGGCUUUUCAAUGCGCACAAUUUUGUAAAAACAUCAUUCAAGCCAACUCAAUUUUCAAUUAUAAAAUACAACGUUCGUGUUCUUUAACAAAAAUGACUACUCAAGCAAAGUGGAAGAUUGAAAAGAACCGUGUUCUAAAUUUACCAUUACAAGAAAAAAGAAAACUUUACAGAACUUCUGAAUACAUUACUUUGGAAGACAUUUAUACUUGGUCUAAAUACGCUAAAGAAAAUGAGCAUAUAAAGACGAAACUUCGUACCGAAGAUGAUCUCAAUGAAUUCAAAAAGUUUCAAAUCAAUCCUGCUAAGAAUGCCCACCUUGCUGAGAAGGUGUCAAUUUUCAAGGGAGAUAUUACUAAAUUGGAGAUUGAUGCUAUUGUAAAUGCAGCUAAUUCACGUUUGAAAGCUGGUGGCGGCGUUGAUGGUGCUAUACACCGAGCGGCAGGACCAUUACUACAGGAUGAAUGUAAUUCUCUUGGAGGUUGUCCUACAGGUCAAGCAAAAGCCACAAGUGGUUAUGAUUUACCAGCUAAGUAUGUAAUUCACACAGUUGGACCACAAGAUGGUUCUGAAUCAAAACUUCAAUCAUGUUACGAACAUUGUCUAGCUCUUAAAAGUGAAUGCCACUUCAAAUCUAUAGCAUUCCCAUGUAUUUCAACUGGAAUUUACGGUUUUCCAAAUCGUCUGGCUGCGCAUAUUGCAUUAAGGACUGUACGGAAAUAUCUAGAGUCAGAUGAUAACAUGCAAAGAGUUAUUUUCUGCACUUUCAUGCCAACAGAUGUGGACAUCUAUGAGACAUUAAUGCAAUUGUACUUCCCAGUAGAGGAAUAAAAAUUAUAAAAGCACCUAUUGUGAUUUAAAAAGCAUGAAAUGCAUA